AUGAGCCUAUUUGGCCACAUGCGUGUCUACGAGAGCGCAACUGACCGCAGCCCCUACACACUUAGCACAUCCAGCACACCCAUCAUGCCUAGCACCGCCCACGCUCCGCCUCAAAGCGCGUUCAUCGCCACCAGCUCCAUUGCACUCAGCACACUCAGAACUCAGCAGUUUGCGACCAUGGUGGUCCUCUCCGGUCGAGGUCGCAUCGGUUUCUUUGCCGGUCACCUGACCCAAUUGCAGAAGGAGGUCUUCAUAGUGCAACCGACUCUCUUCACUGCCGUUCCGCAAGUUUUGGCGCGCAUAGAGUAG